UGAGCUCAGCCAGUCAUGUGACGGGAGAGCAGUCUCUCGGGUUCAGCUGUGGAGAAGAGAAGCUCUGCCCUGAAAACACAUCCCUUAUAUUUUCUGUAUGAGAAGAAAGAGUAACUUGUGUUUAAUUACUGUAACAAUGGCUAUACUUUUUCUAGUAACGUUCGUCAUGUACACCACCUUCAUGUCACACUCUGCAGCGUCUGGCAGUAGGAGGGACUUCCAGGUGGUGGGGAGACCCCUGUUUAAGCUGGAUAUCUCCUGGCCCCGGUUUCCGGAGUACUUCACCGGGGAGGUGUUCGGGGUGGCGGUCAGUCAGGUGGCUGGUGUGGUGUAUGUGGCUCAGAGAGGUGAGAACAUCCCUAAAGUGCUGGUGUUCAGCACGGAUGGAGAAUUCCUGCAAGCCUGGAACACCAGCACUCUGGAAAUGCCGCACGGCAUCUUCGUGGCCAACGCCUCCUCCCCGGAGCCCUCAGUGUGGGUCACUGAUGUGGGAAACGGACCAUAUGGUCACACAGUAAAGCAGUACUCUCCCUCGGGGAAGCUCCUGCAGGUGCUGGGAACAGCAGGAAAGGCAGGCUCAUCCCUCACACCUCUACAGUUUGAUCAGCCUGCUGAAAUUUUUGUCCACGAUGCCACUGGAGAGAUUUACAUUGUGGAUGGGGAUGGUGGAUUGAACAACCGCCUAAUAAAACUGUCUAAAGAUCUGCAGGUGCUGUGGAUGCAUGGGGAGAAAGGGCAGGGACUGGCACAGUUCUACAUUCCCCACAGUGUGGCUGUAGAUAACUCUCAGAGGGUAUGGGUUGCAGACAGAGGAAAUAAGCGCAUCCAGGUGUUUAACUCGGUGACCGGUGACUGGUUGGGGUCAUGGGGAAGCUGCUUCACAGAGGAUGCACCCUACUCUGUCAGGUUCACCCCUGACCAGAAGUACCUGGUAGUUGCUCAGUUAAACACUAACCAGGUCUCUCUGCUGGAAGCUCCACCUGUGGGCAUCAUCGGCCAGUGCCAAGUUGUCAGUUCCAUUCAGUUGGCUGAUGAUGUGAAGCCACACUUGGUAGACCUGGACCAAAAGAGUGGAGAGCUUUACGUGGCAGAAAUCGGAGCCCAGCAGGCCCAGAGGUUCACACCCUUCACAAUGGGCAACUUUUAAAAAAUCUAGAAGCUCAGCUGAUCAGAGUUCAUCAUUCUGUGCUAGAAAUAAACGUAUUUUCCUCAGCACUGUUGAGAUUAGCCUUUCUAAGCAGCAUAAAUUUGGUUCUGGCGUACUUGAGUAACAGCAUUUUGUAAUGCCAUUCCGGAUCCCAUUUCAAUGUGAAAAGGCCAAAAGAAUGCACUUUAUAUAUUAAGAACUAUAAUCAGAGUACUAUGUUCUCAGUGGUGUAUCUGCAAUAUAAGCUAUCCAUGCUGGUGGGUGUUUCGGAUGUUCUGAACUCUUCAACAUCUAUUGGGUGAGAAGCUUGAGGCUGUUUUUUUGCACUUAAAUUGUAUAGUCAGAAAUGUAUAUUAAUAUAUACUCUUGACUGUUCUUGAGUGAUUGAAAUUGAAAGUGAUUUUGAAUGUUCUUGUGAUUGUAUUUGCUACUAAAUAUAUAUAAUUGAACAAUUAUAUUUAGCUUUUUGUAUUUCUGUUUUAGUUUUGUGUUGUAAGAAGUGAAUGUUCAUGGUCCAUUUACUGUUUUUAUAUAUUUAAAGUGGAAAUGUGUUGAUGCCUUUCCUGUGUUUUUGUCUUGCUGCAUACAGCUUUAAUGUACCAAUUUUGGCCUGCGUGAAAGCUGAGUAAGCCUCAUUUAUAUCCUCUUUAUGCUUCCUAUACAUCCACUAGAGCAGAGUUUUCUAAUCCUGGUCCUCUGGGUCCAUUUUCUUGCACAUUUUAGAGCUGCUUAAUCUCACCCAGUUUAAGUCGCUAAUGGUCGAUUUAUUAGUUGAUUAGUUGGAUCAGGAUUGUUAGAAGCAGGGAAAUUACUAAAAUCUGCAGGGCGGUGGACCUCCAGAACCAGGACUGAGAAACGGACUGCACUAGAGGAGAUGUUUAUACAGUGUGGCAGUGGUUGUGUUUUGCUAUCAUUUUUAGUUGUACUCUUUAUUCUUUCAGUGUCCGCAAGCUUUCAGAGAACGUACACAAAUACGGAUGAAAUGAAUAUAUAGUGUACAGACUGAAGGCUUCUUCCGUGUCUGUUCCUAAUGUUGAGCAUAAAUGAGCCUUUACAUUUGUAUGAACAUCAUAAAAAUUAACAGCUGUAAAUUGUGGACUGCAGUCAUUGCAUACAAUAUAUUGUGUUUGCUGUAUCCAUCACUUGUUUUAAGGUUAUUGGUAUUUGGUCAGUUUCAUAUUAGAAAUGUUUUUGUAUUGUCCCACAGUCGUAUUACAACCUUUUACAAAUUACUUUGAUGGUGGAAUAAGAUCCCUCCUUUCUGUAUAUUUUGAAAGAACUGUGUUUUUAUCUUCUCUGGGUUGUUUUAUUAUUGUAUUCAGCUGUUUUGCUGAUAUUGUAUUGUAGAACAAUUGCAAUCUAAUUGUAAUGAUUUAAAUGGUUGAUUCUCUAUGCUUAAAAUUCCAUCAAUCAGUCAGCCUGGGUUGAAAUUCAUAAUGAGUUGUAACAUAAAAAUAAAUAAAAUAUUGUUUCUAGUG